UGCUUCAGCUAGGCGUUCAUGUCCAAAACUGCCCUUUGCCAUUCGAGCUGAGGGAGAACCGACUGACCCGUGAUGAUCUUUAACCACCUCCCGCUUUAAAGAGCCGCUGCCAACUUUAGUGGAUCUGAUUUAGAGCAGCGUUCAAGCGCGCCCGCCUGUCUGCUGCUGCUCACUCCGCGAACUGCGCUCGAUUACUCCGGUCUGGAGCGAACAUGGCAGAAGCUGAGGAUAAUGUUUCCAUUCCUGAGCUCAGCUCGCUUCUACAACUGGAUCCUUACCUCCAGCCUUUUGAAAAGGACUUUAAGAGGAGAUAUGGCUUGUUCCAGAAGCAGCUCUCACUCCUGGAGGAGGCCGAGGGAGGCUUUGAUCAGUUCACACGCAGCUACUGGAGCUUUGGUGCUCACCGCCAGCCAGACAACAGCCUCGUCUUUAAAGAGUGGGCCCCAGCUGCUGAGGCGCUGUUCCUCACUGGAGAAUUCAAUGGCUGGGAUAAAUUCGCUCAUCCAUACCAAAAGAAAGAAUUUGGGAAAUGGGAGCUGCACAUCCCACCAAAAGAAGACAACACACCAGCUGUUCCUCACAAUUCCAAACUGAAGGUGGUGGUUCACACCAAAGAAGGUGAGCGGUUAUACCGGAUUUCACCUUGGGCAACGUAUGUGAACAAGGUCAGCACGGCUGUUGUGUAUGAUUGGGUGCUCUGGGACCCUCCUCAGCCGUAUGUGCACAAGCAUCCUCGCCCACGGAAGCCCCGCAGCCUACGGAUCUACGAGUCUCACGUUGGCAUCGCAUCACCAGAGGGCAAAGUGGCAUCUUACAGCAACUUCACACACAAUGUACUGCCUCGAAUAAAAGACCUCGGCUACAACUGUAUUCAGCUGAUGGCUAUUAUGGAGCAUGCCUAUUACGCAAGCUUUGGCUACCAAGUUACAAGUUUCUUCGCAGCAUCCAGUCGUUUCGGCACUCCAGAUGAGCUGAAGGAGCUGAUUGACGUGGCUCACUCUAUGGGGAUCGUAGUGCUGUUAGACGUGGUUCACAGCCACGCAUCUAAAAAUACUGAGGACGGCCUGAACAAGUUUGAUGGCUCUGACUCCUGCUUCUUCCACAGCGGCCCACGAGGAGAGCACGCGCUCUGGGACAGCCGACUCUUCAACUACUCCAGCUGGGAAGUGCUGCGUUUUCUGUUGUCAAACCUGCGUUGGUGGAUGGAGGAGUACCGGUUCGACGGCUUCAGGUUCGAUGGGGUUACGUCUAUGCUCUACCAUCAUCACGGAAUGGGUGCAGGAUUUUCAGGUGACUACUCAGAGUAUUUUGGUCUUCAGGUUGAUGAGGACUCUCUGGUCUACCUCAUGCUAGCCAACCAUAUUCUCCACUCUCUGUAUGAGGACUGCAUUACUAUAGCAGAGGAUGUGUCUGGUAUGCCCACGCUGUGUCGACCCAUAAAGGAGGGAGGCUGCGGCUUCGACUACAGACUGGCCAUGGCUAUUCCUGACAAGUGGAUCCAGAUCCUGAAGGAGUUUAAGGAUGAGGACUGGAACAUGGGGAAUAUUGUGCACACUCUGACGAACAGGCGCUAUGGGGAGAGCUGUAUUGCGUAUGCAGAGAGCCACGACCAGGCUCUGGUGGGAGACAAGACCCUGGCCUUCUGGCUGAUGGAUAAGGAGAUGUACACCAGCAUGAGCACCCUAAUGCCCAUGAACCCCAUCAUUGAUCGGGGCAUCCAGCUGCACAAGAUGAUCCGGCUGCUCACGCACGGCCUGGGAGGGGAGGGCUACCUCAACUUCAUGGGUAACGAAUUUGGCCACCCCGAGUGGCUAGACUUCCCCCGCGUGGGGAAUAACGAGAGCUACCACUACGCCCGCCGGCAGUUCAACCUGUUGGACACAGAUCACCUGCGCUACCGCCAGCUCUACCUCUUCGACCGGGACAUGAACCGCACCGAGGACAAAUAUGGCUGGCUGGCUGCACCCCCGGCCUAUGUCACUGCGAAACACGAGGGUGACAAAGUGAUCAUUUUUGAGAGAGGAAACGUCAUUUUCAUCUUCAACUUCCAUCCCGUGAACAGCUACAGCAGCUACAGAGUGGCAGUGGAGGCAGCAGGAAAAUAUAAAAUCAAGUUAGACUCUGAUGAAGUCCAGUACGGAGGCCACGGCAGACUGGACCACAACACAGAGUUCUUCACCGAGUCCAUCCCAUUUAACGGACGGGCCAACUCCAUGCAGGUUUACAUUCCCUGCAGAACAGCUGUUGUUCUGGCCAACGAGGAAAUCGAUUACUGCUACUGAAACACCAUCAUUGAUUCACUGAGAGAUUGAUACUCAGCGCACAUCUGCCUCUCUCUCUCUCCGCUGGCCUCUCCCGAAGACAUGUCUGCCAGACACCUCCACACUCUCCCUCCAUUCCUCCGCCUCACCCAGAGAUGAGCUGUUCGAGAUUUCCUAAUGUUAUCUGGGUUUAUUUUGAACAUGGGAGGACAUUGCGGUGUGCUGUGUCCAGUGUAAUGGAUAGCAUUCCUAACUUCCCUUCCCUGGGUGUUCACAGAUAGUUGUAAUGAAUCCAGUAGUUUGUUAUAAAUCUUAUUCCGUGCCAAAUCCCAAGUGUUUCUUCACCUAAUAAAGACCACCAGGUCUGUGCAGAUUACAUUACUCAGUGAUAACUGUUUAAAAUGAGAAGCCACACCUAAAUAUGUCAUGAUAGAAACCUAUUGCUGUUCAAUUGCCAUGGUAUAUAUUUUAAGUGACCAGGAUAAUAAUGUUUAUUGAUAUUUGUUGUAAUAAUUUACACUGGGAAUUUACAGGAAAAAUGGGAAAUUUGAUUUGUGUUCUAUUUAAUUUGUGAAACACAAGCACUUUCUUGUGACGUUGAAAUUCUUUCUCGAAAUCUUGUUUAUAAUAUUUUGUAUUUAUUUGCUGACUGUUUUCAAUUCAAGUCAAUUCAAUGCAAUUGUUUUUUUUUUUUUUAACAAAUCAUAAGCACAUUUAACGAAGGGAGGGAUGAUGAUGGUGAUAAUAUGAGAGGGUGAUGAUAUUUGCCUCUUAGUGAACAGAAUUAAGCUAGGAAUGUUUGUGUGAUAUUUUCAGGUAAAUAGUAUCAUACCUUUAAAAAAAAAACAAGUCCACUGUGUGAUGACUAAUUAGCUUAGUUACUAAAUACUGUAUAUUCUCACUGUAUACGAAUAUGAAUUUACUAAAAAUGUGUGACGUUGUGACGCUAGAGGACAUUGAAGCUGUUUAGUUCACCAGCAUGUCAAUCUGUGUGUUCAGUAAGUGUGAAAAAUCAUCUCCGACCACAUGCACUGUGAUGACUGUGUUCCACUUUAUUUUGUAGUGUAACCUAUGGAGACUUGUUAACACCUUAACAGACUUGUUAACACACUCUAUAAUCGUGAAAGUCUUCAUGGGUAUAGAUUAGGGAUAGGACGAGAACAGGCAUGAUCUUACACGGCGAGAGGACAUUUUAGCAUAUUAAUGAAUGCACCUUUAAUAUAGGCAAUUCAGGGUAUUAUGUAUUAUAAACCCUUUUCACACAUGCACAGUAACACAGAGGAGCUGUGUUUGUAUCAGUUAUACCAGACAUUACCUGGAUUCUAUCCUGCCAGACCUCUAAAGCAAAGUCUAGGUAAUGUUAGAGUGAGCCUAUGUGGGAGUAGAGCUGCACCUAAACAUUGUGGAACAUUUUCAUGUAGGUCUGAUAUGAAAAAAAAUCUCUUUAAAAGUGUGAAAGGGCAGCUUCGUCUGGAUAAUGUCUCAAUACUAGUAGUGCCACAUUCUACAUACUAGUGGAUCUCAAAAAAUAAGAAUAUUAUUGAGAAGUUACUUUAUUUUGGUAACUCAGUUCAAAAUUUGAAACUCGUACUUAACUCAGUUCAAAAUUCUAAUAUUAUAUACAUAUAUUACAUCACUUAUUGUGGAAACUUCACACUAUGAAAAAGUGUUUUAUCAAGUCCAAAAUCUGUGCAGUGUUUCUGUUUUCCUGGAAAAUCUUACAGCACUUCAUGCUUCCCUCUGAUGACAACUUUUAUGGAGAUGCAGAUUUCAUUUUCCAGCAGGUCUUGGCAAACUGCCCACACUGCCAAAAGUACCAAUUGGUCUUAUAUAAUAUUAAAAAUUUCUGAGACACUGAUUUUUGUGUUUUUAUUGGCUGUAAGCCAUAAUCAUAAUCAAGAAUAAAAUAAAUAAAUCACCCUGUGUGUAAUACAUCUAUAUAAUAUGAGUUUCACAUUUUGAACUGAAUUACUGAAAUACAGCAUCUUUCCAAUGAUAUUCAAAUUUUGUUGAGAUGCGCUAGUAAAAACACGUCUAUUUCACUGUGUAUAAGAUACGAUACUGUGUGUAGUCAGGCUCUUUCUGCAUUCUCAGCAUUUGCAUUAGCAAUAAGCCAAAAUCUUACAAACUCUAAGCUUGAUGGAAGAUGAUGCAUCCUUAAAAGCGUAUUGUAGCACACAUUUUUAUACAGCUCUGGAAAAAAGUGACCACUUUAAAAUGAUGAGUUUCUUUGAUUUUACCAAAUUAAACCUGUGGAAUUUAAUCAGGAGGAAGAUAGAUGAUCACAAGCCAGCAAACCAAGCUGAACUGCUUGAAUUUUUGCACCAGGUGUGGCAUAAAGUUAUCCAAAAGCAGUGUGUAAGACUGGUGGAGGAGAACAUGCCAAGAUGCAUGAAAACCCUAGUGAAAUAAAAACAGGGUAAUUCCACCAAAUCUAAUUCUCUAAACUCUUAAAACUACUUUCUUUGCACUAUUUGAGGUCUAAAAGCUCUGCAUCUUUUUUUUUUUUUUGUUAUUUCAGCUCUUUGUCAUUUUCUGCAAAUAAAUGCUCUUAAUGACAACAUUUUGAUUUGGAAUUUUGGAGAAAUGUUGUCCAUAGUUUAUAGAAUAAAACAACAAUAAAUAGCAAAAUCAGAGGAACUGAUUCAGAAACUGAAGUGGUCUCUUAUUAUUUUAUUUUUUUUCAGAGCUGUGUACGGUACCUCUAUGAUAACUCUAAUAUCUUAUGGUAAUAGUGCUCCUAACUACUAAAAUGAUGUGCGUAAGUUUAUUCUAAUAUAUAUAACAUGUAGUGAAAUGAAGUUUACUUACAAAUCAUUUUACUUAUUUUGAAUCUUAUCAAAAUAAUCAGUUCAUUUUAGUUCAGAUGCCGCCAGUUACUAUCAUUACCACUGUACUGUCCUGUCCACUGUAGAUGAUGCCUUCUAUGACUUCUAUGCCAGUAUUCAGUUAUUUAGUCAUUUAGUAAUUUGCCUAAAAAUUUAAGUUGCAUUCAAUUUGCAUUCAAAUGUUUUUAAGUAGUGUAAGCCUAACACCACAACACACUCAAACCCUUAGAAAAAGAGUGUUUUUAAUCCAAUUAAGUGCUAGUUAACGAGAUCGUUAACCAUCUAGAGUAAGCUCUCCGAAUGAAGUGCUGUGUCCACAAAGUAUAGCAAAGUCUUCCUUCUUUCUAAUGCAGCUCUAUUUGUUCCUCACUUUUAAUGAACCUGUGCGGUACGAUAAGUGAUAAAUGGGCAGCGCACUGUCCCAUUAUAAUAAUAUUAGUCUCUUAUGGGCUAGCCGGAGCUUUCCCUCAUCAACAAUCGAGUUUUCUCAUUAAUGUCGAGUAGCUGCUUGAAGAUAACGUUGACCUGCUUUUGAAUCCUCUGUAGAGAAAGCGGAAGAAGUCUGUGUAUAAAUACAUUAGAGUUAUUAUCCCAAACCCGCUCUUUUCAACAAACAGUCAGACUUUCUCGUGCCCCCCGUAAUGAAGAGAUGCACCUCUUGCUUUCUGCUUUGUGGUUUGAACAAGCCUAAUUUGCCCACAGGAAGACAAAAUAAUAGAUGCUUAGAUAGCAAUAAUUAGCCUCUUCGUGUUUCUCCGUCUAGAGAAGCUAAUAGAGAGAUAACUUUGUUGUUAUUCUUUUUUUUUUUUUUUCUAUUCUCAUUCUUACCCAGUCUGUUUUUCAAUCUGAUGUGGAUGGAAAUGUGUCACAGCUAUUUUGGUGCACUUUUCUUUUUGUUUGUGAAAGAUUAAAGUGGUUUAAUUAAAAGUAAAUAAAAAUAAUUGUAACUUAAUAGAGGCUUCGGAGUGGAAAUGGCAAACGUUUCCUCUGGAGGGAUGAGGGAUUGUGGCUGCGCAUACACUGUGUCAGCAGAUCUCACUCUGAUUAAGUGCUGGUUUUGUGUGGAAAAUAACAUUAUGCGUAAACUACAAA